CAAAUGCAAGCAUUAGAUUAGUCAUACUCAGUCGAUUUUUGGUGCACAGAUCAAAAAUGCCCUGUGAAGAGAAGGUACUUGCCCAGAAAUAACUGAGGAAUCAAACUAACUACCUGGGGCAGUGUAUUUCGUUCCCUGUUCGGUCGCCUUCUAUCAAUUUUUCCCCUCCCUCGGCUAGGCCCUCGCAUUUGCUGGCCACUGCUGCCUCUCCUGGAGGCUCUUACUCUGAAGCCAUUGAGAAACAAAACAUCGGCCCCAAUUCCCGCCCAGUCCCUCAAAUACCCAGCGAGCUUGCUACAUGUAUCCGGGAGGCACCGGCUGGCAACACACACCAGAUGGCUAUUGAGAGGCUUCUGAAUCCUUCCCCGCCACCAGCAGCACCCAUUUUCCAGAAUUUGCUGCCGAUUUCUAAGCUCCUAAUUCCGGCAAAAAAAAGUUCACCAAACACAACCUAUAGGUGCACAGAGUGCCACCGGAUAUAUCGAAAGCGUGCCUCGUUCCAGUAUCAUAUUGGAAAAGACCAUUUGCAUAUAUAUCCUGUCAAAUCCAACUCUCAGCCCAAACCAUUGCCACCACUCACUUGCAUUUGUGGUCGGUUGGUUUGCUCUUGGAAGGAGUACUUAUUGUGCUUCAGCAAUCAUUGCUGCGGUGAAUGGCGGGCCCGUACUGACUCAGACCAUCUACUUCUUCAUGCACUGGAAGAGACCAUCGGUUCCUUCAGAACCCGAAUCAAUCAGGAAUUCCCAAGUCUUACGCAUGACCUUGUUGACCGCUUAGCUCGCGCACAACUUCGUCAAUUUGGGUGUGUCAUCGAAAAUAUUAGAAAGCACGCACAAAGGGCUGUCCACCAUGGUUGCAACGAAUAUUGUUUUUCCAAAAGCCUGCCCCAUGAGGUCGCCGACGCCUCCCGAGGUAGUUUUACCUCCACCUUUUUCCUCUCCCUGGACAAAUUAUCCGGUAUAUUCGAAUGCCCCUGCUGCUUGCAGGUAAAAGUCAAUACAUUGUAUCACAUUUGAGCACACAUGCAAUUCUUUAUUUGCAUGCUUCCAGGCUGCAGCAGCACCUUCACAGAUAAAAUUGGGUGGUUCCAUCAUGUCUGCAAAGUCCAUCGUCUAUCAAAAAAAUGGUGGGAGUGUGAACUCUGCAAGUAUGAUACCUAUUGGGAACAGUGUAUGCGUGAACACCUGUUUCGUUCGCACAAGUUAAGUACUUCAGAGGUACAGUUAGCCCUUACCAAGAACUGCCGGUAUAACGCUGAUAAAGGUAAACAAUCAUGCUAUUUUUGUCACAAUCCAUACACUUGUGAAGGCCUACGGGAUCAUUUGAUAGAGCAUAUGAAGCAUAUUACAUCACUACUAUUUUGACCUGAUGAAAGAGCUCGAGCUUAAUGAAGUAUACCUGCUGGACUAUUUUGUUUCUCGCUUAGCUUUACCGUUGAACUUAUGACACUUGCUACACCUUCUUUUUCACAUUGAAUGGGUCUACACAGAUACUCUGAUGGUCAAUUUGUGAGGUUGAACUGGGAGCGUUCUACACCCUGAUCACGUCGAAGUUGAGAUUGUUACACUAGUAAUCCUUCCACUUUACAAGAGUCCUCUGUUGUUGUAUCAUUCAUUGUGCACUCAGUGUGCGUUGCCUUCUUCUGAUUCUGGCUAUUCAUGCGCGCUAUUCAUGGUGCAUUUCACUUUGGUGUUACAAGCUUCUGAUUUUAUCUAAACUUGACCUGUAAAUAUUAGAAAAUUUGGCUGAAAGCUUAGCCUGCUUACCCGUGCGCCGGUUGGUUUUUGCCAUUGAAGAUGCGAGGGAGCAGUGUCCGUUUCAAUAUCCUAGGAUAUCGGAAACCUGAAUAUAGUCGACAGAACUGACGGGUUAGACGUGGUUGUAUUCAUA